GUGUGACUGCAGCAAAAGAAUGUCCUACAGUCCUAGAAUUAUAUAGAUGCUUUUUACGUUAUUUUGGAAUGGAGGAGGUAAAAGAUGAGAAGACAUUUAAGGGGUUUGUAGAUAGACUCACCCUCGGUAUUACUCGGGUUUUGGAGAACCUCCCUGGUGUGCUGGAUGUACGAUUUGCAGAGAAAGCCCCUGCAGAAAAGAGAUGCCUUCUCUCCUGGGAGCAGAAAAACAAUUGUGUUUUGCCGGAAGAUCUCAGAGAUUUCUAUCUCACAACAGAUGGCUUCAUGCUUGCCUGGAACUCCAAGCUGGAAAAUGAAGUGGUUCCAGUGGGAUGCAUGGUGAUAAACAGUGUUGCUCAGCUAAGACCCCUGAUUCAGUCCAAUGUAUAUUCCCUCCCCAAUGCACCUACCUUAGCUGAUCUUGACUUCGACAAUGACUUACAGGAAUCUGAUGGCCCUGAACAACCUCACUUUGAUUGUCGUAGUCGCAUAUUUGAGUUGGACCCCUGCAAUGGUAAUGGCAAAGUCUGCCUUGUUUACAAGAGCUGCAGUCCAGGUCGUGUAGGUGUAAUGGCUCAGCAGUGUGAGGUGUGGUUCUUGGACCGUUCACUUUUCUGGCACUAUCUCACCCCCUCCUUCACUGCCUACUACCGACUUAUGAUCACUCAUCUGGGGCUUCCGGAGUGGCAGUGUAAUUUCACACCGUAUGGCCCCAGCCCACAAGCUAAGCAAUGGGCCGCUCUCUACCAACCCCUGACGUUCUAUGGCGAUCCCCAUCUUGACACAUCCAGUGAACCUUUAUUGAACAAGCUGGACCCAGCCAAGGCGUUCCGUGGCAAGGCCAAGCCACCCACUCCCAAGAAGAAGCAGCCAGCGCAGGUCCCAGCAAGCGGCGGCAGUACAGCCAAAGGACAGGGGAUCUCGUGGAGACACGGCGUGACUAAACGGUGACCCCGCCGUCCCAACUUACAUACAGGCGUGUUGACUGUUCUUUUGGCUUAUGCUGGGACUUUAGCAGCUGAAUUUCAUCUAUUGAUGCCCAUAAGUCUGUGUGUAUGUGUGUGUGU